AUGCCAAUGAAGAUUGCCUAUUGCAAAUAGCUACAACAAUAGUUUGUUGUCGAAGUUUACAGAUUGCAAUCGUUGGAGUUGCCAGAAAUCUAAGAAUAAAAAUUUUAAAUGAGGCAAUGUGUGUUUGCUGUGCUAUUAUCCGGUAAAUAUUUUUAAGAAAUAUACAAUAAUUGAGAAGCAAAUUAAGUACUGUAUUAGAUACAACAACUUUAAAUGUUUAUAUUAAUGAAUAAGUGUAGCAUUUAUCAAAAGUGAAAACCUUCAUUAUUUAAUUAAUUUACGUACGCUCACUAAUGCGGUUGGCGUCAUUGUCUUAAGUAGUGGUAAGCCAGCUUAAAAAAAUUCGCACAUUGUUUUGGCGGGAGCAAAGUUUGCAACUUAAUAUCUGACUGAUAUUUGAACAAUGGUAGAUCGUAGUGACAAUGCGGAAUCUUUUGAUGACGCCGUUGAAGAGCGUGUCAUCAACGAGGAGUACAAAAUAUGGAAAAAAAAUACGCCAUUCCUUUAUGAUUUAGUAAUGACUCAUGCCCUGGAAUGGCCUUCGCUGACGGCUCAAUGGUUGCCCGACGUCACUAAGCAAGAAGGUAAAGAUUAUUCAGUGCAUCGAUUAAUUUUGGGUACUCACACAUCGGACGAGCAAAAUCAUUUAUUAAUUGCCAGUGUGCAGUUGCCCAGUGAAGAUGCUCAAUUCGAUGGAUCGCACUAUGACAAUGAAAAGGGAGAAUUUGGCGGUUUCGGUUCGGUGAGCGGUAAAAUUGAAAUUGAAAUAAAAAUCAACCAUGAAGGCGAAGUCAAUCGUGCCCGCUAUAUGCCUCAAAACGCCUGUGUAAUAGCCACAAAAACACCGUCAAGCGAUGUGCUGGUCUUCGAUUACACAAAGCAUCCUAGCAAGCCAGAACCAUCAGGGGAAUGUCAACCUGACUUACGUUUACGUGGUCAUCAAAAAGAAGGUUACGGCUUAUCAUGGAAUCCCAAUUUGAAUGGUUAUCUGUUGUCUGCUUCAGACGAUCAUACCAUAUGUUUGUGGGACAUUAACGCCACACCUAAAGAACAUCGUGUUAUCGACGCUAAAAAUAUUUUCACUGGUCAUACGGCUGUGGUUGAGGACGUAGCCUGGCACUUGCUGCAUGAAUCCUUGUUUGGCUCAGUAGCCGAUGAUCAAAAGCUGAUGAUAUGGGAUACGCGUAAUAAUAACACUUCAAAACCUUCGCAUACUGUGGAUGCUCAUACAGCGGAAGUCAAUUGCCUUAGUUUCAACCCUUACUCGGAGUUCAUAUUGGCUACUGGAUCGGCGGAUAAAACUGUGGCUUUAUGGGAUUUACGUAACCUUAAGCUCAAACUACAUUCUUUUGAGUCACACAAAGAUGAAAUUUUCCAAGUGCAAUGGUCACCCCAUAACGAGACAAUUUUAGCUUCAUCUGGUACCGAUCGCCGCUUACAUGUGUGGGAUUUAUCGAAAAUUGGGGAAGAACAAAGUGCAGAAGACGCUGAGGAUGGUCCGCCAGAAUUGCUGUUCAUACAUGGCGGUCAUACAGCUAAGAUAUCCGAUUUCUCAUGGAAUCCAAAUGAGCCUUGGAUUAUAUGUUCUGUUUCUGAAGAUAACAUUAUGCAGGUUUGGCAAAUGGCUGAAAACGUAUAUAAUGAUGAAGAGCCGGAUAUACCAGUAACCGAAUUGGAAGGCGGUGCAGUUUAAACAUACAAUUAUCAUUUUCAUUAACAACUGAGCAAAAA